ACAGCUGGUCGUUGGCAAAAGAGCUGAAGAAAUGUAGAGCAGCAGAGCGUCUGAGAACCGCAGCCGGGCUGUCGCCCCUCGCUCACACGGCGCUCGGAAAGAUGUGGCAGCUGGCGCGCUCGGCCCGGGGAUGUAUCCGCGCUCGGCUGCUGGUGCUGGGGUGCGCCUGUCUCUGUGCGCUCGGAGACUGCCUCUUUGUCACCGAGUACUUCACACGAACGCCUCGCAAGCUCAAUGCUUUCAACUCCUUCGCCAGUGUGGAAUUGUUCCACUUCAAUGUGCCUGAUGACACCAUGAUGGCCGUUUGGAACCUCAUCACCUUCAAGGAGCAAGGGGGCACUUUCGGAGACAACUGCCCGAACCGCAACGUGACUGUGUACUUCCGGUCUGGGGCUCCACCUGUAAUAAACCCCCUGUACACCAGAUUCCCUCGGGACACGGUGGUCCCAGGAUCUUUUGCGGUGACACUGACCUGGACACUUCCAAACCGGACGACUGGAGCGUUUAAUGUCACCAGCCCACUCCCCGGAGACUGGUUCCUGGCGGCACAUCUGCCCAAAGAUGAAGGCAAGAUCUCAGUCAAGGGCCUGUCUGAAGAGUGCCAAUACUUGUUCCAGCCUCAACUCAUUGUCCAAAGGCUCAUCGGGAUCUCCGUGCUAUACCCCGGAUACUUCAUAGACCAGAUGAUACCCGCCCACAACAGAUCUGCGCUUUACAAAGUGUUCAUCCCCAAUUAUGUAUCAAAGGUCAAAGUUCAGCUGGUAAACUGCAGCACGAAGAACAAGAGCAGCGACAGUUGUCCCGUGGUGCUGAAGAUAAGAGCCCGGGCGCCUCCAGUGCAUAACUCAAGUGCCCUGGACUGUCGGGAGUGGAAUCCCUGUGAACUGGCCUCUGCUGCCCCUGCCUGGGAGCAGUGGUACUACAUCCUGGUGGAGCGCUACCUCAGUAACGCCGAUGUCUACUUCCGCAUUGGGGUCCAGAUCACAGAUUGCUCUAAACCGAACUUAUCCAAGGAGCAAGCCCAGCCCAGCUCCUCCAUGAACAUGCCCCAGUCUUUUGGGACCCCCAUGGGCUUCUCACUGUCUGAAACUAUGUCUCUGGCCACUGUCCCCAAUCUGUCUCAAAACGCCAGCCUCCACCCCCCCUCGGAGAACAAUGUGGUUUACCUUGCCCCCACCUCGGACCCUAACAAGUGCUGGCCCAUCCGUCCCACUCUGAGGAACGAGCUGGACACCUUCUCAGUGCAUUUCUAUGUGUUCUUUGGACCAAAUAUCUCCGUCCCGCCUGACAGAGCUGCAGUGUUCGCCAUCAACCUCAUGCCAGUUUUGGACAGUGGAGGAGUCCUCAACAUGGAGCUCAAACUUAACAUGUCGACGCUGAAGGGUGCCAAUGUCACGGUGUUCGGCUGCCUCAACCACGGCAUGCCUCUGUUCCUGAGAGAGAACGGGACAGUCAAAUGCGAAUCAGAGUCGGUCGCAGGGUUUUUUCUGUCUGUCAAUGCAUCCUCCAAUAUAACCAAACUGAGGAUCCCCUACCCCCAAACAGGCACCUGGUACCUCAGCCUGCGCUCGCUCUGCGCCACUGAACACGGGUUUGAGCCUUGUACCAAUGUCACGGCCGAGGUGUACAUGCGAUCCUACCUGACUCCCUGCAUCAACGACUGCGGCACCUACGGCCAGUGCAAGCUCCUCCGCACCAACAACUACCUGUAUGCAGCCUGCGAAUGCAAAGCAGGCUGGGACGGCUGGGGCUGCACUGACAACACCGAGGCCUACUCCUAUAGUUUCCAGCUCUUGUCCACUCUGCUGCUGUGUCUCUCCAACCUGAUGUUUGUGCCGCCGGUGGCCAUCGCUAUCCGCAGCCACUACCUCCUGGAGGCUUCCGUCUACAUCUUCACCAUGUUCUUCUCCACUUUCUACCACGCGUGCGACCAGCCGGGGAUCGUGGUCUUCUGUAUAAUGGAGUAUGACGUGCUGCAGUUCUGUGACUUCCUGGGCUCGCUCAUGUCAGUGUGGGUCACUGUCAUCGCCAUGGCCAGACUCAAGUCCAUCAUCAAACAGGUGCUGUAUCUGCUGGGGGCCAUGUCUCUGUCCAUGGCGCUGCAGUUGGACCGACACGGGCUCUGGAACCUGCUGGGACCCAGUCUGUUUGCUCUGGGCAUCAUGGCUGUAGCGUGGACGGUGCGCACCAUCCGGAGGCGCCGCUGCUACCCGCCCACCUGGAAGCGCUGGGUCUUCUUCCUGUUCCCGGGCACCAUGAUCGCCACCUCUGCAGUGGCUCUGUACGCUUUUGUGGAGACAGAGGAGAACUACUUCUACAUCCACAGUAUCUGGCAUAUGCUGAUCGCGGGCAGUGUGGGCUUUCUACUGCCGCCUCGUGCCAAACCAGACGCCAAGGUGACGCCUCUAAAACGGCGGCGCGGCUGCGGGUACCAGCUGUGCGUGAACGAGCACGAAGAGCUGGGCCUGGUGGACCCCAGCCUCAUCUCCAUCAACAGCAUCUGCACCAGCUGAUAGACCCGGCUGCUACAACUGACUCUCCAUUGCCUUUUACUGGGAACUCCACUCUACUGGGAAAUAAGCCACAGAACUCCUACAGCAAUGUAAAUACUUCAAUGCCAAUACAACAACACACUGGAUUUGUUUUACUGUACUUAUUGUUUUGAUAAUGACUAAACCCAGUGGUACUUUACAAAAACAAGGUUCAAAAUAAAGCUAUCGACAGUUUUUUAUUGAAGCUAAGAUGAAAAAUUACAUAACAUACCUACAGGCAUCUAUAUAAAGUGUAUUUUCAGUGUUGUUUUCAGCAGGUUUGAUGUGCUGGUGUGAUGCAAACCAGCACUUCUAAGACCUCACCUGUACUUCUUUGAACACAGUAUGAGUGAGCGGGUUUUUAAAAGUAAGAAAGCUCUAUCUCAUCUGAUUUCAGAAGCGAAGCGAAACCUGGUUGGACCGGGUUAGUACUUGGAUAAAAGACUCCAGGGAAUAUGUGCCACAGUGGGACAGCAGCGGCUCUUCUGUAAAACGGUCACUGUGUCCUUCGGCAAGACACUUCACCCAGCUUGCGUAGUGUGAAUGUGGUGUGUGAGGGGGCAGAUGACACAAAAUGGCUGCCUUGCUUCUGUCAGUUUAUCCCAGGGCAGCUGUGGCUUCAGAAACAGCCACCACUGAGUACGAAAAGAAUGAUUAAUGCGAUGAAAUGCGCUCGAAAGGCUAAAAAAACAUUGCAUUAUAAUGAUUUAAUAUUUGACGAAGACAACUAGUGUAAAUAAUAUACAAUUUUUAGGCGUAUCUCAUUUAUAACAGGGAAAAGUCUUGAAAAUGUUAUGUAAUUUUUCAUAUAACAAAAUUCUGAAUACAGUGUUUGAUUCCUUGGUUUUCUGGACUCGCAGCAUCCCGUUUUUAUUUUGUUUUUCCAGAGGUUGGCUUGUAUCUUCGGUAGUAAAAGUUGAAUUGUGGGUGUACAGUGACACACUGUUCUUUGUGAAUAUGUAUUUAAAGUCCGAGCUGAACCACUGCUGCUAUCUGACGGUGACUGUAAACUGCUUGUGUGGGUUAUUUAUUAGUGGUCUUGUAAACGGACUACUUCGGAUCACUUCUAUUCGGGGGUGAGGGUUACACACGGGGGCGGUCAUUAGCGAGGGCACAUCUUUUCUGAACAUUUCGAAAGGUUAUCUUUUGCACUGAGACACACAAUGUAAUUCUGUACAUUUUUAUAUUUACUAGAAUUGUCACCAAUGUAAUCGUCAUGUGGAAUGUUAUAUCGACCGUUACUUUUUUUGCAAAUGCAUUGUACCGCUUUUACACGAAUGUUGCCCAAAGCCCGGCUGCCUGCAGAAAGCAAAGGGGAGACCUCAAAUCAAGACCUCAGCUCCCCGUCGCGCUCUGACAGGCCACACC